UCUUCCAUCUGAGCACCUCGCAUAUCUCGUUUUAGCUUAGAGAACUGCCAAAGAAGUAGUUCCACCCGUCCGGAAGUCCUAAUUACACGCUGAAGAAGACUGUCAAAAUUUCCUAAAAUAUUGGGUCAAAGUUCGGACUCUUGACGUAGCAUUGGCAUUCAUACACGGCCAAAGUUACCUGUGCGUGGCGAAUCGAUUGAAAUUAUGUUCUAGAGUUUUCUGCAUGGUGAAGCAGUCCAGAGGUUUGAUUUAGAAGUUGGAUGAAGCAGUGAUUCCACUUAUCUCGACAAAGAUAUUGCCUAGCACCUGCUCUAUGGACACGAAGAGAAUCACAAGAGGAUUAUUUUUGGCGGUUUUCGUCGUCCUGGUAAUUUUUUCUUUCCAGGUCGCUGGCAGGAUAUGCUUUCUAUGUGACUCUCGCAAUGAGCCGUGUUCUGAAGAUUCAGUCAAUGGUACGAGAACGGCGACGUGCUCUGAAGGAAACGAAUUCUGUGAAGUUGUCAAGGAUGGAAGACAUGGAGAGACACGAUUUUACAGAGACUGUGUCAACAAAUGCGACAAGGAAUUUGUCAACUGGGAGAAAGAUGGCGAAGAAUAUUGCAAAAUGUGCUGUGAUAACGACCUCUGUAACGUUGGACGUUGUGGGUCCCCUGUGGCAUUUACUUUGAGCGGUACACUGAUUGUCCUUAAUGCAAUCGUUGCAUUUCGAUGCAUGUUUGUAUUUGCAUAAUGCCAGCUGCAACAGCCAGAGGCAUAGACACAUUUAUCAUUGCAAGCUACUAUUCGUAACAGAACGACGUGAACUUAAAAUGGUAUGAAAACACUGAAUUGAAAAACAUUUCUC